AUGCCAGUGGCUGGCACCCAACUUGAGCGCCUUCAGCUCCGCAAGUUGUUGCAGUCAGUUUGUCAAUCGGAGGCAGAGCAUGUGGCCAAACUGGUUCGUUAUGGUGUUCCAAACAUUAUCAAUUACAACGAUGCGGAGAACGGAAUCACACCGCUCAUUAUGACCGUGCAACAAAAUAAUAUACACAUGCUAAAACUGUUAAUUCAAUUGGGAGCCAAUACGGAAAUUGUGGACUUUGACGGGCGAACAGCUCUGAUGCGAGCUGCGAUUGAGGGUAAUGUGGAACUGUUUCACAGUCUACUCGAAUCGAACGCAAAUCGACAUGCUAUCGAUCUUUCCGGGGAGAACGUGUUGUUCCACUGUAUAUUCCCCACCGAAAGACAUUUGCAUUGUCUACGUUUGGUGUUGUUGGACAAAAUCAAUGUGAACGUGCAAAAUAAGCUGGGUGAGACAGUGCUCUAUCGGGCCUGCAUCAAGGCGGACGAGAAUGAGCAGUUUAUAUCGGAACUGUUGAAAUCGGAUGCCAAUCCCAAUUUGCAAACGACCAAAGGUCGAACCGCAUUUAUNAUGGAAGCAUGUCGGUCAGGCAGCUCGUUGGUAAUCACGAACUGUGUGUUACAAGGAGCAAAUCCGGAACUGGCGGACAAUCAGGGCAGAAAAGCAAUACACGAGGCAAGCCGAGCGGGCCACUUGAAAGCAUUAUUCGCCCUAUCCGCGUUUGGAGCCGAUUUCAACGCAACUGACAAUAAAGGAAACACUGCACUCCACUACGCGGCAGCUUCGAGUGAACAGUGCUGCAAAUUUCUUGGACAACGUGGUGAGUUUUUCUGA